GCCGCCCCCCCAACCCCCAUCCCGGGGCACAUCGAGGUCCCGCAGCCGCGCCCGCCCCUUGGCUUAGGGAGAGCUUUUCUUCGUCGCCCCCGCCUGCCUGCUUUUGUCUUUCCACCCGGUGGCAAAGGAGGGCCGGGGAAGGGCGGGGGUUCGUGAAGGGAGGGGGGCAAGGGGGAGGGAGGACGGACCUGGUUCGCCCAGGAAAUCCCCAUGUCUGCGGCGGGUCACCUGCAUGGUUCGGCUGCCAGCCCCGGCGCUGCCGCGGAUUACCGCGCCUCCGCGCCCCUGCAGCGCCCGGGCGGCCGCGGGUAGUGCCGCCUCCGCGGGCCCCCUCCGGGGCGAGGCAUGGAGUCCGGCGGCACGCCAGACCUCCGGGACGUCGAGCAAAAGCUGGGGCGCAAAGUGCCCGAGAGCCUGGCGCGGCCCUUGCGUGGGGAGGAGCUCCCGGGACGCCCCGCCGCUGCCGCCGCGGCCCCCGGCUCCCGCCGUCGCCGUGCCGCCGCUCUGGCCAGGCUGGAGAGGAAACUUCACCUCCUGAAGCAGGAGAUGGUUAAUCUCCGAGCCACUGACGUGAAGCUUAUGCGCCAGCUGCUCAUCAUCAAUGAGAGCAUCGAAUCGAUCAAGUGGAUGAUUGAGGAGAAGGCCAUUGCCAGCAGAGGUAGCAGUCUGAGUGGCAGCCUCUGCAGCUUGCUGGAAAGUCAAGAGACAUCCCUCCAUGGCAGCUGCAGCAGUUUGCAAGACUGUAGUGAUGGACUGGAUGGAAUAUCAGUGGGGAGUUAUUUGGACACCUUAGUGGAUGAUGUCCCUGGUCACCAAACACCUUCAGACAUCGACCAGUUCAGUGAUUCUUCUGUUAUGGAGGACUCACAGCCUCUUCAUAAGCAUCCCAAAAUUGAUUCUGAUGAGUACUACUGUUUUGGUUAAUAAAAACAAGUUCCAGAGGGACACAAAUGCACUUGUACUUAUCCUUCUUCUUUGCUGCUAUGUUAUCUCUUGUGUGAAACCCUCAAGCUUCUCUUGGAAGGAAAACAAUAUGAUAACUUUGAUUCUACUUCAUAACUUUUCUGUUGCUUUUAGUGGAUUUUCUCCUUGGUGGGUCUUUUUUUCCUCCUCCUCACUUUUUCUUAAUUUAUUGUUGCAAUUUUUCUUUUAUUGUCUUAAUUUUUUACAAUGCUGUAUUUACAGGUCUUUUAAAGUGGUGAAUGAAAAGCUUUAUCAUUAAAAUGAGACAUCAGGGAAUGAGAGCAACAAUUUUGUAUUUGUUGGCAAUAAAAUAUGUUCUGAUGAGUAUAUGUUGUGAUAAAUUUUCUUGACUACCAGCUCUGGCCUUUCCGAAGAAACUGAUAUUAUUGAGCCUUAAAUCCAAAUCUUAAAAAUACUUCUGUGAAAUAAUUUUCCUUUUUUAAGCAAUGAUAUUUGAUUCUAUUAAGCUGUCUUCACUUGGAAUAGAAAGUAUUGUAAACUCUUCUGUGUGGAUUUGCUUUCUUCCUGAAUGUUCUAAUACUUCUUGUCUGAUUAUGACUGUAAAUUAUAGGCUUCAUUGAUGUUUUACAGCAAUGCAUUCUAAAAACUGAAAGUUCUGUAUGAAAGUACAUUUCAUUUUUAUAAUUCAUACCUUUUGGUUUUUUUGAACCUGCUGUUUUAUGGGCACAAUCUGUAUCUGUAAAAAGUGAAAGAGGAAUCCCACAUUUAAAAUAUCCAAUUAUAAUAGUUUGGAUAACAAUCCAAAAUUUCUCAGCAGAUCAAACAAUACAAUUUAAAGUCUUUAUGAUUUUUACCUUAAAAUUUUGAGGAAUUCAGAGGUGAAACAUGUAACAGGUGUCAACAUGCUAGUAGUCACGUCCUAUUUUGCUUUUGUAUCCACACUCUCAUCUUCAACAAUUUAUUUUUUUACCAAAUAUUGCUACUAAGAUAAGUGUUGCCCUGUUGUCUUUUUGUUUCCUAUUUUGCAAAUAACCACAGAAUCAUAGAAUGGUUUGUGUUGGAAGGGACUUCUGCUUCUAGAAUGCAAUAAAAAGAAUGGAGUGGCACACUUUAA